AUGAGUCUAAAUGAAAAUGAAUGUCUUAUUUUUCCUGUUCAACGAAUUAUUUCAACAUCAAUUGCAGCUAUGAGUACAGCUUUAUUUAUGACACCAUUUGAUGUUGUUAGAAUAAGACUUCAAUCACAAAAUCAUCAAUUUGUUAAAGGUGAUUGUUUUGUAUUUCGUAAUGGACUUGGAGAUUAUAUUUGUACUUGUUUUAAUGGACAUGAACCAGUACCAUGGUAUAAUCGAUCAAUACCAGGAAGAUAUAAUGGUACAAUUGAUGCUUUAUUAAAAAUAACACGUAAUGAAGGUAUUCGAUCAUUAUGGUCUGGUUUACCACCAACAUUAGUUAUGUCAUUACCAAAUACAAUUAUUUAUUUUACUACAUAUGAACAAUUGAAAUGUUUUAUGGGUUAUGAAAGAAAUAAUUUAAAUCUAAUUAUACCUGGUAUAUCUGGUGGUUUAGCAAGAAUAUUAGCUGUUGUUGUAACAAGUCCAAUUGAAUUAAUAAGAACAAAAAAAAUGUCAGCUAAAUUAUCUUAUACAGAUUUACAUAAUAUAUUACGAGAAUCAAUUCAAUCGAAUGGUUUACGUACAUUAUGGAGAGGACUCAUACCAACUCUUUGGAGAGAUUUACCAUUUAGUAUUUUCUACUGGUCUGUUUAUGAACGAUUAAAAUUAUCUAUCAUGAAACAAUUUAGUACAACAGCAACAUUAGCUGCUUUUUAUUCUGGUGCAACAGCCGGUGCUUUAGCAACUAUUUUUACACAUCCAUUUGAUACAAUCAAAUCAAUUCGUCAAGUUCAAUUAGGUAGUAAUCAAGUACAAUCAACCGAACGUACACUUCAUUUACUUUACUAUAUGUUUAAAGAACAAGGCAUACAUAGUUGGUAUAAAGGUCUUGUUCCACGUUUAAUAAAAGUUUCACCAGCAUGUGCAAUUAUGAUUUCAACAAUUGAAUUUUUUCGUCAAAAUGUUUUUAAACAAACGAAUUAA